UUGGGUAAAUCGCAAGGUAUGUUCGGAGAUGCAAUUGAAAACACAACGUGGCAGCAUGGAAGUUUGAUUAGCAAACAGAAUUCUGUUUUUCCUAUCCCUCGCAAAUCUCUCUUCCCUUAUGGUACCUGUCCUUCUCCGUUUUCCUCCGAAAAAAGAAACCUACUUCUCAUGCCAAAUCCAUCGUAACCAGACAUUCAGUUUCUUUUCUUUUCUCUUUUGUUUUCUUUGUUUCAGAUCCUCCCUUUUGCCAAAACGUUUGUCCUAGCUUCAUUGGAGAACAAAACGGCAAAUUCUUCAUCUGGAAUGGAUGUGAAGGAUGAGUGCAAGCUGAAGUUCUUGGAACUAAAAGCAAAGCGGAAUCAUCGGUUUAUUGUGUUCAAGAUUGACGAGAACACACAACAGGUGAUCGUAGAGAAGCUGGGGAAUCCGGAAGAAACUUAUCAAGAUUUCACCAACUCCUUGCCUGCUGAUGAAUGCCGAUAUGCUGUCUUUGAUUAUAAUUUCACCACCAAUGAGAAUUGUCAGAAAAGCAAGAUUGUCUUCUUUGCAUGGUCACCUGACACAUCAAGCGUGAGGAGUAAGAUGCUUUAUGCAAGCUCCAAGGACAAGUUCAAGAGACAGUUGGACGGGAUUCAAGUUGAGUUGCAAGCAACUGAUCCCAGUGAGAUGAGCUUGGACAUCGUCAGAGGCCGAGCUCUCUAAUCAUUCCAAUGACUCUCUGAAACUCAUCCCUUCAACUUCCUAGUGAGACUCCCUAGCAACAAAAUGGGCUGACCGUUCGUUAACAGAACACAGUCAGUACUAGAAUUGGGCUGACCGUUCGUUAAUCGGGCCUGUUCUUAGUAUCCAUGGGUUGGGCUCUUUUAGUCUGUCUCACAUUCUUCUUUCGUGAUUUUAUAUUUUAUUAUUACUUUAUUUUGUUUUUAAAUAAUUUUAUCGAUCGUAUUGGUGUCACAGUGAUACUAAACAGUCAAUUUCAUUAUAUUAUAUAACAUAGAUACUUCGACCACUUGAGCAAGUAAAGAAUCCAAAUUCUAAGCCAUCCCAAUUAUUAUUUUUUUUAU